AUGAAGUUUACCCUCUUCAUCCUCGCGACGCUCCUGAGCGUCACUUUCCUUGGCACGUCAGCCAAAUACGUCAAAUUCAUCAACCACUGCCCGUACAACAUCUUCUUCUGGGCUGUCGGCCCCCCAGCCUCGCACCUCGAUGGCGGCGACUCCACCCGCAGCAUGGUACCCGGCAACGGCGGCUCCGUCAUUCAUCCCAUGGUCGACACAGAGAGAUUCGGCGGUGGUCUCUCGUUGAAGAUCAGGGAUCUGGAUUACUAUGUUACUGGGCCUGCAGGCAUCAUUCAGGUCGAGUAUAAUCUUGAGGAAUCCAAGGGGAAGAUGUGGUAUGACCUUAGUGCUGUGGAUUGUGAUCUGAAUGCUGGGCCGGCAAACCCGAAGUAUUGUCCACUCAUUCGAGGUGGUGUGAAACUCUACAUCAACCCAGUACCCAACAAGAAAGACUGCCCAUAUGCGUACUGCAAUGAGGAGAAGUGUGUGAACACUUAUCUUAGCCCAGGCGGGUUCGCGAAUGAGCCAAGCCUCAUGUGCUGGGCUGGUGCUGAUAUCUUUGUCGAGACUUGUACCGACGGCCCAGGAGUCCAGACAUUCUUUGGCAAGGAGCCAAAGGCUGCUGGUUCCGUCCACCAGGCCAUUCCUGCACCGGUUGUCCAACCUCCUGUCGUCCAACCUCCUGUCAUCGCUCCCAAUGGCAUGAUCAUCUCUCCAAAUGGUCAAUGCGGCGGUACAACUGGCUUCACCUGCAACGGCUCUAAGAAAGGCCCCUGCUGCAGUCCCUACGGCUACUGCGGCGACACAGCCGCUCACUGCAACCCCGGCUGUCUCCCUUCCUUCGGCUACUGCCAUGAUAUAUGGCAGAUUCCUCCGAUCGGCCGCCGUGCUGCGGCCCCUGAGCCUUCCACCUGGCCUGAGCCGUCUAUCGUCACCUCUCAGCCUUUCACCGUCGCCCCCGAGCCUUCCAUUGUUACAAAGGUUGCAAACGUCUUCACUUCGACCACCACUGCGACCGAGACCGAAGUGGAUUGUGACACGAACAAGCACACUGUUACGAAGGUUGUGAAGGCCACGAGGAAGCCCGGUUCGCAGUUUACGCCUCCGCCACUGAGGAGAAGGUUUGCGGCCAUGUAG